UCUCGGCCGGCCGCCAACCUCUCCCUUCACGGAACCGCUCGCAUUUGGGGACGCGCCUUCCGCAGUCUCCCCCAAAGCGACGGGAAGGGUUCUCUGGGGUGCUUUUUCUCAUUCUACUUCUUCCACCGAGCGGCGAGGAGCCUUGCACAGGCCGCCCCUGAAGAUGCGGGCCGGCCUCUUCCCCUCGCCCUCCUCUGCCAGCGGGCGUGGAAAGGAGCCGGGCGACGAGAAUAACAGCCCCCUCCAUCGCGCCCGCCCCCGGCUGAGGCCCGGCCUUGGCGGGCCGAGGGUGUUUCCCAGAUAGGCCGUGACUGGUGGGAAGGCGGAGAGGAGGGAGUCGGGGGUUGGAGGCGGAGCGGCCUCUCGGUUCCGCGCCGUCAAGCCGAGCAACACUGGGCGGGACGGGUGGAAGCGCGCCGGGGCCGCACACGGUCGCCGCCGCCGCCGCCAGGGGUGGGGAUGUGGUGCGAGGGCCCCGGGCCGCCUCUGGCUUGAACGGCUAAAGCAGCCGGGGUGCGGGAAGAUGGCGACGCCGCCGGCGGCCUCCUCAAGGGGCUCGGAGACCCGCAGCGGCACUCGGCAGGGCGGCGCUCGGCGGCGCUGCCAGUGGCUGCUUUAUUGGGUGCCGGUUCUGUUCAUCUGGAGCAUCCUCUGCUGGUCCUACUACGCUUAUGUCGUCCAGCUCUGCCUGCUAAGCAUGUCAAGUGUUGGAGAAAAAGUGAUUUGCAUGAUUGGCUACCAUCUGUGUUUUGCAAUGUUUAUGUGGUCUUACUGGAAAACGAUCUUUACGUUACCCAUGCAUCCUUCCAAAGAAUUCCACUUGACAUAUGCAGACAAAGAAUUAUUGGAGAGAGAACCUAGAGGUGAAAUACAUCAAGAAGUGUUGAAGAGAGCAGCCAAGGACCUCCCUAUCUAUACAAGAACCAUGUCUGGAGCUAUACGAUACUGUGACCGAUGCCAACUUAUAAAACCAGACCGUUGCCAUCACUGCUCUGCCUGUGACAAAUGUAUUUUGAAAAUGGACCAUCAUUGUCCUUGGGUGAACAACUGUGUUGGAUUCUCGAAUUACAAGUUUUUCCUCCUUUUCUUGGCAUAUUCUCUAUUAUACUGCCUUUUCAUUGUGGCAACUGAUUUACAGUAUUUUAUUAAAUUCUGGACAAACGGCCUUUCAGAUACUCAGGCCAAGUUCCAUAUCAUGUUUUUGUUCUUUGCCGCAGCCAUGUUCUCUAUCAGCUUAUCCUCUCUGUUUGGAUAUCACUGUUGGCUAGUCAGCAAAAAUAAAUCAACACUAGCAUUCAGAUCACCAAUUUUCCGGCACGGGACAGACAAAAACGGCUUUAGCUUGGGCUUCAGCAAAAAUCUACGACAAGUUUUCGGAGAUGAGAAAAAAUAUUGGUUGUUGCCAGUUUUUACUAGCUUAGGGGAUGGCUGCUCCUUUCCUACCUGCCUUGUUAGCCAAGAUGUUGAACAAGCUUCUACUCCUUCUGGACUAGCUUCUUCAAACAAAAAUGAGAAUCACCAUUUUCCUGCAAAGCCCCUACGAGAUUCCCAAAGCCACCUUCUCACAGACAGUCAUUCUUGGACCGAAACUAAUGCAAGUAUUGAAAAGAACAAACAAGGUAUGAGCAACCCUGCACUAACUAUGGAAAAUGAAACCUAGCACGUGCAAGUCAAAAGUAUUCUGGCUGUUCAAGUGUGGAAUUUUUUGCUGAGCGGAAGAGGAAUUCUUCCACAACAUCAGCAUCCGUCAACCAGCUGUUCCAGUCCACUGCUGCAGGGAUAUGCUCAGAAGAUAUUUCAAGACCUAAUUGACCUGUCUUCAUAUCAUUGCUUGAAAUACAAGACCUGUUGUCAUCCCUUGGUGUGUAUAAAGGAAUAUUUUGGUUAACACAUGUAUUUUUAAAAUACAAAGAAAAGUCUUGAACAUUACAGGAUGGGAAAGCAAGACGUCUUUCAGUGAGACAUACAGGACAACACUUAAUCCUUCGCAAUAUAAGGUUUUUUGCAUUCGCAUUGGUACUUCAAGUAUGCAUAAUGUAUCUGUGCUCGUUGCAGCAAUUCUUCGUUUUUUAAAUUUUGCCUCUGAUUUCCAGUUGCACACCUAGCCUUAUGGCUGGGAACAUGUAAUCAAUUUCGAUCUAUUGAUCAGUUUGGUAUGAUGAUCACACUAUUUUGAUUCUUGCCUUUCAGAUAAAUAUUGAAAGACUACGAUAACUUACUCCCUUUUCCUCAUGCAGAUUGUAUACUUAAUAAAUUCAUACAGGAGAAGCAAAAUCAUACAAACUUAAUUCUUUGUGUCUAAGGACACAUGGUUAAAAAGGUCAGAGAAUAAUCUUGUGAGACUAUAUGCAGUGCUUCACAGUUUGAUAUACAACCCCAUUAUAGAAAUAUCUGACACUAAUGUUUCUUAAGAACCUGGAUAUGACAAUCCUAACCUUUUAAGAGGCUGAUUUAAUAACACUAUUGUCGAAGUUUGACAUACUAUUCUUAAAUUGCAGCAUUCCUCAUCAUUACCCUGAUGAUGUAAAUACAGGGAGAUAUAGUAUACUCACACGAAUUACUGUGGUUCUGAUCACACUGAAGAAGCUAAGAGGGCUUUCAGAGAAACAUUUUAAAUUAAACUAGCCAUUGUCCAGGUUUUCAGGGUAGCUUUUGUAGAAUCGAUUUAACAAAUCUGCUUUAAGGUUUUCUUUCGAGUUCUGAAGCCAAGAAAAUUGCAGUGUUACAAACAUAUUUACAUCAGUGCCUCUGCAUGCACUAUACGGCAGAUCAAGUGAUAUAAUGUAGCACACUGAGUUUACAUAAAGUACAACAUAUAUCUGGCCCUAUGACUUAUUUUAUCUUGACAGCGCAUUAAGUGCAAAACAUCUUCAAAGCAUGAAGUUUUAGAAUGUCGUGCCUGAAAGGAUUGUGGUUUUUCUAGUAUUUAAGAAAAACUGCUAUUUUUAAAUUUAUGAUUCUUGCAACGCAAAGCAGAUAGAAUUUGAUCAUUACUUCAAAAUGAUUUUGGGGGGAUGGUUGCAAGAUCCUUUUGAAGGAGCGGGUGUAACAUUUCUGCAGUAAUUGCAUUGCAGCUGUACAAUAGUGGCAUUUUAAUUCAUACUAAGACUGUUUGCAGGCUCUAUCACCAAAAGUGCCAGACCACGAUUUCAUGGAGUGGGAUAUUUGAGAACCUUGUGCGUAGUAGUACAUUGUUUUAUGCAACGUGUGUAGGCAUUUUUGCAGUUGCUUGUUUCCACAACCUAGUUUGUAUUUCCUUGAUGUUACUAUUAAUUGGAUUUUCUAUUUCAAGCUUGGAAAAUCACAGGCAGAGAAUGGAGGAAAAAAAGGCUUAUACUCUCAGUCCUCAGUCAUAAUGCACCUAUUGUGCUGUGUGUGCUAGUUGCAGGGGCUGCCUUUAAUACUUACUUUAAAGUAUGUAUAAAAUGAAGUGAAAAGGCUUAUGGAGCUGGAAUUCAGAUUUCAUGUGACACGUUUAUUACAGUAUAUAUGCCUGAAAUGCAGUAAUUUUUUAGUAAAAUUCAGAGGACGUUUCAACUAUAAUUCUCUUCACUGUUUCAUAGAAAAGGCUGAUGCGUAAACUGAUUGGGGUUUUUUUCCCAUUUUUGGGAAUCAAUUUUUGGGAAUGGAGGUUUGACCAUACCUAUAGAAAGACAGGUUUCAGGCAAAUGCUGCAUUAGAUUAAUGUGCUUUUCCCCAGCUGUCUCCUUGUUAGACAUAGAAAGCAGAAAGUGAAGCUUGUGAAUAUGAAUGGCUGCUUUACUUCAAAGCUGAGUAUAUUAUCUCAGAAGAAAAUUUCAUUUGACUUUGUGAGCAGAGGAGCCAGCACUAACCUUAAACAGAGAACAAGGUACAGGCUGCUUUGGGGUAGAAACAGGGUUCUAGACAACCUGUACAACUUCUCAUUUGGGAAUUUGCCUGUAGUGGAGAAUUGAAGAGAGAGCCGUGGCAUGGCCCCAGGGUUCCUGUUGGGAGUUUUGCCCCCUUACUGCUGUCCCCCAUUUUCCACUUAUGGUGUUCCUAAGUGUCUCUGUCUCCCCAGGAGCAACGUUGCUGGGAGAGAAGGAAGAUAGGUGCUUUCUAGUAGUUGAAACCAAACUUUGGAUAUGAACUAUUAAGAGUUCUCUUGCUCAAUUAUCACAUACUGCAUACUUUCAUAUAGAGCUCUAAGUGAACAUCCUUCUAUUUCUGUACUCUUCAGAUACAAUUCUGGAACAGCCUCUACACUACAAAUCCUUUCUUACUCUUCACAAUGUAUAUGUCCCUGCAGGCAUUACAUAUCCGAGGUUAUUUUAGGCAGUAUCAGUCAGGUGACCUGGUGUGGAAUCAGUAUUUCUUGAAUGGUAUUUCAGUACCAUCUGCACAAUAUUUUAAAAUGAAAUAUGAACUAAAGGUGAGAAAAAAAUACUGCCAGUCUUUCCAGUUAAUGUUACAAUUUUAGAACAAUUUUGACUAAUUAUUUUAUUUUGUACAGUACAUAAGUGAGCUAAUAAGCUGAUUGUACAAACAAAACUAAGAAGCUAGUACAUUUUUGGAAUGAGUUUCCAACUGACCAGUAGCACUGAUAAGUGACUUUACCUCCUACAACAGAGGUUGUCACUAUCAAUAGAUUACCAAGGUUCACAUGGAAGCAGGUAUGCAUAUGCAUAUCUCCCUGUAAUCAAACAGAUGAAUUUAAUACUGUCUUACAGAACUAGAUUAUAAUAUGCUAAAUCUGUAUCUGCAAGAAGGUACCAUAGCAGCCAUGUAAUAGUCUGAUAUUAUCCCUCAUGUAUGAGUUCAUUGUCCUUGUAGAUGGAGUGUUUAGAUAAACAUUUUCAGACUGUGGGCCAGCCAGGCACAACCCACACUGGGGCAUUGACUGUAACUAUCAUCAUUUCAAUCCUUGAAAUACUUUCACUUGGCCAUUCUGCCCCCCCCCCCUCCCAAACACACACACACGCGAUGAUGAUGAGUUUGCAACAGGCAGUUGUAUUAUAUGUAUACCUCUGAUAUCCACAAUUCAACUGGGGGCUAAAAUGAUUAGGUGGCUCAGAAACUCGUAUAAAACCCAUGAUUAUACCCGAUUAUCACAUGAGUUUCUUCAAACCAAAUUUCCUGAUUAAUGGGAAAGAUAGUACAUUUAUAUUUCCCAGAUUCAUGAAACAUUUGCAUAAGCUGGUGUUCCUCGUUAUUGCCUGCAGGAGCAUUUCCCAGCCUCUGACUGCAUAGAGGUUAUUGCUCAUUCAUAACCAUGAUCUGGCACUUUUAUUAACUAAACUUCAAGGACAGAUGGGAAUUAUGCAAAACAAGACAUUUAAGGACUGGCUUUGGCCAUCAGUCGUUCAACAGAUAGUGUAGUGCUAGCAUUAUGUAUUCUUUCAGCCAAGCUCUCUUUAUAAGGGGGUACAGGAACUAGGUGAUUUAAGAGUCUCACCCCCUCACAGGGAAGGUACUAGUGCUUGAUGAGUAUUUUAAAAGUACUUGAAUGAUUUUAAAGACAUAUUCGGAUGGAACUGAAGAGUACUAAUUAUAAGUUUCAGUUUUAUUUAAAAGGGCACCUUUAACUUCCAUAAUUGUACCAUAUUUGGUAGUAAAAACCAAAUGAUUGCGAGCAUUGUCAGAGGUAUGCAGGAGAAUUUGUGGGGCCCAUUUGUGAAGGUCCUCCUUCAGUUUCACUUUUAAAAAGCAUCCGUGGUGAGAGCACUGUGUUGUACCAAACAGUGAUAACUUUCCAAUCAGUGGAUUGCCUGGCAGGCAGCAAUCUAUCGAGAGCUCUCUACCCUGAUGUUUGAUUAUCAGAAUUUUUAAACUAUUCCUCUGAAAAAGUGACAGGAGUGCUUCAUAGCCAGCAUUCUUUCUAUCUUAAUCUUUUAGAUUUCUGUCCAAGCAUCCAACAGAAUUGAAGAGAGACAUCAAAAAUAGCCAUUCCAGUCACAGUAGAUAUCUAAAAUAUUUUUCAAUCAUUGCAAAGUAGUUUUAUAACACUUUCUAUUCCAGAUAGGUACAAAAGUAAUAUAUUAUUCUUGGAAAAUUUAGCCAGGAGCUAAGGUAUAUAAAAUUUAAAACAAAGAACAUUAUUAAAACUAACCAAAAUUAACACAAGACAUUGUAAAAGUUUUAAGACCUUUGACCCAGAAACGGUACCACUUUAGUAUAGCACUUACUUUUUUGAGAUCAUAAUCUCAGGACAACCUUUGCUGUAAAUUACUUCUUUCAUAGAAAGAAACCAUGACCUUGAAAGCUGAACUAAUGGGAAAGUAAGUUGUGGGACGAGAUUGGCUUUCUCAUCCUUAGUAUUGUCACCAAGCCCAGACCACCACUGUGGAAGUUAGAUCAUUACUAGGCUAAUUACAUCAGAAACAGUAGUUACAAACCACAGUGGUAAAAUAUGACCCGCCACUGAGGACUAUACAAAAUAUAUCCACUAUUCUGCAUCAGCAAGGCAAAGUAUUUGAAGGAAUCAAAGUUCUUAUUAUGUAACAGACUUAGCCUAGAAUCCUCUUACAUUCCAGCAACAGACUUUAAGUCUGAUACCAAAUCCAUUGCAGAAGAAAACAGCGAUGAAAGUAAAAACAAGGUUGCAUUUUGCUCUCUACCAGUUAAAAUCCAUUAUUUAAAGUAAUUGCCCUCUGGGUGCUGCAUGGUUUAAUCCAAAGGGGGCAGGUGUACUCAUAGCAGAGGAAAGGCAGUGGUGAUAAUUCUAGAGUGAUUACUGGAAACUAGCUUUUUGGAAUACUCAGGGUACCAUGAGUGGACAAAUUUCAUUUCAUCUACAAUGAAUCAUUCUCAGUAACAUCAAUAACAGACUGACUACUCAUGGUUUUGUAUGCCUCUCCUCCCUGUUUCUUCAAUACUUCUGGCAAGACUUUUGAGGCAAAAUGGAGUAAGCCUCAAAAUGCUCUGCUGUGGAGUGUUUUGAUCCUCUCUCAUUCUUGUAGUAAAGAGGAAAAAACACUCCCAAAAUCAUUCCCAGUGCUUGCCUGAAUAUGCAUUGUUAAGAAGCAACGCUAAAUAGCUGCAGGUCUUGCACAGAGUGGAAAAGAAUGUUUUGCUUUGCUCCUGUUUGUAUUCUGUAAAGCAGUAUUAUGUAUUUUUGUAUCUCAUUAACUUGCUGCUGGAAAAAAAUUAAAAACUUUUAAGAUAAAA